AUGGCAAUCAAACAGACGCCUGGUACACUGGCACCUACGCCCCUUCUGAGCGAUGAGGUGCACAGCGGUAUACCGAAACGCAUGGAGGAGGAUGCGAGGGUUGCAAAGGAGCGAUUAUAUUCCAACAAGACCAUGUCUGAGAGUAUUCCCCGCCAGCGCGAAGUCCCGAGAUUGCCGCCGAAUACAUCGAGAGAGAAGUUCAACCAGGUCAUGACUGAACUUCGGGAACAGUUGGGGUCUGCGAAUGUGGAGAUCAAUGAUAAACCCUUGAUUGACGGGUGGUAUAUGGAGCAUCCAAACACGCAUGAUGCUUUCCAUAUCGCGCACCAGGAGGAAAUGGUAUGCAGUGCGGCCGUAUAUCCGUGUACAACAGAGGAAGUCCAGGCCGUGGUACAUUGGGCGAACAAGCAUGUUAUUCCCAUAUAUCCCAUCUCAAUGGGCCGGAACAUCGGGUAUGGAGGUGCAGCGCCCCGAGUACCCGGUUCUGUCGUGGUUGAUCUUGGAAAACGGAUGAACAAGGUGUUGAAGAUAGACGGGGACAAUGCAUCGUGCAUGGUUGAGCCUGGUGUCUCGUACUAUAAACUGUAUGAGGAGGUGCAGAAGACUGGGUAUCCUCUAUGGAUUGACUGCCCUGAUCUCGGUGGAGGGAGUGUAAUGGGAAAUGCAUUGGAUCGGGGAGUUGGAUAUACACCCUAUGGGGACCACUUCUCCCAGCACUGCGGAAUGGAGAUUGUGCUACCAACCGGAGAGCUGCUACGAACAGGCAUGGGCGCACUCCCCGGCAAAGACGGUGCAGACAAUCCCACCUGGGGCUCAUUCCAGCCAGCAUACGGCCCAUACUCCGAUGGAAUAUUCAGCCAGAGUAACUUCGGCAUCGUCACCAAGAUGGGCUUCUGGCUGAUGCCCGCGACAAACAGCUUCUCGUAUAUGGCCACCUUCCCACACGACGAUGACUUCGAGCAGAUCAUCGAGGUGAUCCGCCCAUUGGCGCAGCGAGGGGUAUUCGGAAAUAUACCCCAGCUGCGACACGUUAUACAAGAGCUUGCAGUCACCGGCAAACCCAAGAGCGCAUGGUACAAUGGCCCUGGGAGGGUCCCUCGAGACGUCCUCGCAGACAGUGCUAGAACCCAACCAUGCGGCGACGUGUCGUGGGUCUUCUACGGGACUCAAUACGGGAGCGAAGACGCCAUAAACGCCCAAAUGGACAUAAUCCGAGCAGCCUUCGCCAGCAUACCUGGAAGCAAGUUCCUAUACACCCAAGACCUACCAGAAUCGCACUACCUGCAUUCCCGCGCAAAGGUCUGCGCUGGUAUCCCUGUCCUCCGUGAAGUCGACUGGCUAAACUGGGUCCCAAACGCAGCGCAUCUAUUCUUCUCACCUAUCGUGCCAACAAGGGGGAAAGACGCGCGGAUUGUACAUAGCAUCGUCGAAGGCCUGCACAGGAAAUGGGGCUUCGACAACUUUCCCACGCUUGCAAUUGCGGGACGGGAAAGUCACUAUAUUGCCAAUAUUGUUUACGACCGCGGUGACCCGGACCAGAAGCGACGCGCGACGGGGCUGAUGAGGGAGCUGAUUGCGGAGUGCGCAAAGGAGGGCUAUGGUGAGUACCGGACCCAUUUGCUGUUUGCGGACCAGGUGGCGGCCACAUAUGGGUGGAAUAAUCAGGCGCUGAGGAGGUUCAAUGAGACGAUUAAGGAUGCAUUGGAUCCGAAGGGGAUUCUGGCGCCUGGCAGGAAUGGCAUCUGGCCUAGGGCUUAUAGGGAGAUCGGGUGGGAGAUUACGCCAGAGAGGGAUAUCCAGCGAGAUGUCGUACCUAAGGCGAAACUUUGA